GAGACAAUGAGACACAUAGAGAGACACAGAGAGACACUGAGACACACUGGCAUUCAGACACAGAGACACACUGAGCGACCUUGUGCAACACUGAAAGACACUGAGAUACACUGAGACACACAGAGAGACACUGAGAUACAUUGACACACAUACUGAGACACACUGAGUCUCUUGUCACACAAUGCCACACAUAUUUGACCAAUUAACACAAUGACUUGAGAGGCCUGUUACUCAAUGUCUGUUGACAGGUCUCCUGGGCCCCAGCAAUGUCACUGCGGUGAGCAAUUUAGAAGGACGGAGCCUGAAAGUGUCCUGGACUCCUCCCUCUGGACACACUGAGUCUGUGCAGUAUGUGGUGCAGAGCAUGGAGACGGGGCUAAGCCUGAGCAGACCAUGGAUUCAUUGGGCGAGACAUGACAUCAAUCAUAGCAUUGCUGUACUGACAGGCAACUUUAAACCCUUCACCCCCUACAAUGUGUCUGUCUUCGCUGUUUAUUCCAACGGGACCAGUCAACCUUCCUCAGUCCUUGUCUACACUCAGCAGGGAGCCCCCUCUGCUGGCCCGGAGGUGUCAGUGUCCAGCAUCGGCCACACCCAGGUGAACCUGACCUGGAGGGAAAUAGCACUGACCCACAGGAAGGGAAUCAUCAAGAGGUACCAUCUGAGACUGGCCCUGGGGGGAACCACAGUGGCAGAGUACAAUGUGAGCGCUGAUCGGUGCUGGGCAGUUCUUUCGGAUCUGCAGCCAGGUCAUGAGUACCAGGUUUGGGUCAGCGCUGAGACUGAGGCGAAAGAGGGGAAUCGAUCUACGAUGAGAUUCUCAACUAUUACACCUGACAGCGGAAAUCAUUUGUAUAUUGGAAUAAUCUUACUCUGUGUGGGGCUGGUCAUCAUAACCACAGUAGCAACACUGUUCUGUAACAACAGGUUCACGCAGACAGCACACUUAUUAUUUCCUCUCUGGUGCUAUCAAAAAGUCCCGGACCCUGUCAACAGCCGUCUGAACUUCACUGAGGUGGUAAGCAAUGCGAGAGUUUUCUUUCCUGUGAGGGGUGCAGAGCUAGGCUCGGACAGCAGGUUCGUACUACACUCACACGCACAGCUGACACGCACUCACACACACCCUCGCACACACAUGCAACACAGACUCUCACACACACCAUUGCUGGUGGGCCUGUUUCUGUGAGCAAAGUUAUUUUUU